CUUUGUUUUCAUUCUGUAAUGGGUCUUCUGGACACAACACGUUUCGCAGAACAUCUUCAUGACAAUUACCCAGCCUGGUACAGAAUUAUUCAAAGGAAAAUACGGGAAAUUUAGCUCCACUGCCUUUCACGGUACAGUGCGGACGUUGUUACGUUAAGGACCAUUCUGUUGGAAGUGAUAUACUAGGUAGUAUCCUAAAUCGGUAACUGCUGUUUCCUGGCAUCGGUAACUUCAGACACCUCAUCAGAAGAUAAGAGUAACCAAUGACUCACAUCACAAUAUUGAGAGAAGAAGCAGACCCAAAGGAAUCGUUUACGUUAAAUUUAUGUGGUAAUUGUGGUUAUGGCUGUCAUCCUUCAAGCAGGAAUUACCAUUGUCCUCUUUGCCAUCCAUCAAAAUUCAAGGCAAAGCCAUCAGAGGAUUUGGUUAAAAAACAUUUAAAUGACCAUUUUACUAUUGAAAAAAAAGUUGUUCACAUUAAAGGUUAUAAGAUUACAAUUUGCUCUCUGCCUUGUUCAGGCAAAAGUUCUUUAGAGGGGCAGAACCACCUUCAUUGUCCUUUCUGUCCAGAGCUCACCAAAGGAAGAAGAGCGUUUAUUUCCCAUAUUCAGAGACAUUCCUCUUCACCAUCCAGUUCUUGCAAAAAAGAAAAACUACCCAGUCGUCAAAGAACCAGUAGAAAUUUCAAUGCAUAUGAUGAAAUUUGCAGAUUAAAUAAAUCACUCAAUGAUUCAAAAGUAAAUAUUGUGGAAGAUCCUUCUUCACAAAAUGUCACGCUUGAUGAUAUAUCCAGUACGGAAGAUGUUCACCAGGUUAUCAGUGAAUAUAAAAAGACUGGUAUCUCCAAAGGUUUUGAGCGGAUAUUUGGAUUGCUUUCCAAGGAGGGGGAUUUUACAGCAAAGAUGACCUGGAUAAUUGGAAUGACAGAAUGUGUAAAAUUGCUCGAUAGGAAAGCAGAUAAAAUUGUUAUAACAUUUAUGAAAAUGUCCUUGUUCUCAUGUCAAGAACUGGCUAAUGCCACCUACAAUUUCAUUGGUACUCUACUUGCCCAGCACAAUUAUUAUGCACAUCAUGUUCUGAAGAUCCUGUUCCAACACUUAGUACCACAAAUUGAAGAAGAGCAUCAAGAUGACAUGCUUGUUACUGGUGGAUGUAUUAGCAAAGAGGAAGCUGCUGUUUACAACCGAGUUAUUUCUGCCAUCAUAAUGAUAAAUUCUGACAUUCCAAUGACUCAGGAGAACUUGUUAAUCCUAGCUAGGAAGAGUGUACCUUAUUUCCAAGUUCAUGUCCACAAACAUGCAGUCUACACACGCAAUCUUCUCCUCCUCGCCAGUUAUUUACCAAAAUUACGUCUUUCUGUCCUGGAAGUCAUUAUUGCCAAUAUGAUCACCAUUGAUGUUCAUGCACCAAGGUCGGAACUGGCAGAAGAAGAUGGUGAUGAAGACAUAUUGGAUUCAAGUGAUGAUGAAGAUGUAUUUGAUAUGGAAGUGGAAGAUUCUGAAGGUAAGCAACGAGGUGCUGCAAAUAAAUCAAUUGAUGGCAAUUGUCCACUUGAUAGUUGUCAAGUUCCAAGGCCAAUGACACAUAAAGCGGGCAACACACUGGAUGUUCUGAUGUCUAUAAUGUUGCAGUAUGUUCAUGAUGUCUCACAUGGUGUUCAUAAACCUAAGACUCCUGAACACCUUCGAGAAAUUGAAAUGGAAGCUCAUGAGAGAGAGGAAUUAGACUGUUGUAGACCUGGAAUUUUAGGUUCUCCAGAUUUUGAUCCAAAGCGAAUGGGAAGAUGUGAAUGUGAUGGACACAGACAAGAUGUUGAUUCUGUCAAGAAGUUGUACAACGACCUUAAAGAUGUUUUUUCAAAUCUUAUAUUGCGAACCCAUGCUUCCUCACAUGUGCAGUUUCUCUUAUUUUAUAUUAUUUCACUUCGACCCGGACUUUUACCAUUUUUUGCAGAUUUUCUCAUUAAUAACAAGUUUAAAGACAUCAAUACCUCAGUAUGUAUACGGAAGAAUGCUAUGGCCUACGUUGGUAGUCUGCUUGCUAGAGGAAAGCACAUUACUCUUCUGGAUGUUCAUGCGUGUUUAGAAUCUAUAAGGGAUUGGUGCAAUGAAUACCUUGAUGCUCAGGAAAGAUUGCCAGAACGGAAUUAUGAGGACUUGAUGCUUCAUGGGGGCUUUUAUUCUGCAUGCCAAACAAUGUUUUAUGUUUUCACCUUUAGAUAUAAACAGUAUACCGAAAGUAAAAAGGCACUGUCUCUCGCAAGAAGCCUCAACUUUGAUAGAAUUAUUCAUAGUAAAUUAAAUCCCUUGAAUGUUUGCACUCCAGCCGUUGUAAACAACUUUGCAGCAGUGGCUCACCAUUUUCAGGUUGUCUACUGUUAUGCUGUUAUUGAAAAUAACAAACGUCUUCAAAUCCCAGUUGCUAGGAUUGAAGACUACUUACAACCAGUCACAGUACUUGAAUCGUUUUUCCCAUUCGACCCAUACUUACUGAACAGGUUAGUAAUGCCCAGAGAGGUUUUUCUUGAAUUUUAAGUUACGUAGACUUUC